UCAGUUAUUAAACCUACAAAAAUGCCUAAAACCGCCAUUCUCCUCUGCAUUGCAUCUCUCAUUUCAACAAUGUGGCCGGCUGCCGCCAGAAUUCCUGGCAUCUACUCCGGCGGUCCAUGGGAGAGUGCCCACGCCACGUUCUACGGCGGCUCUGACGCCUCCGGCACAAUGGGUGGAGCUUGUGGGUAUGGGAAUUUGUACAGCCAGGGGUAUGGAGUGAACACGGCGGCGUUGAGUACGGCGCUGUUCAACAAUGGGCUGAGCUGUGGUGCUUGUUUCGAAAUUAAAUGUGCGAAUGACCCAAGAUGGUGCCAUUCCGGCAGCCCGUCGAUUGUUAUUACGGCUACUAAUUUCUGCCCUCCCAACUUUGCUUUGCCCAGUGAUAAUGGCGGGUGGUGUAAUCCUCCUCGCCCGCAUUUCGAUUUGGCUAUGCCUAUGUUUCUCAAGAUUGCUGAGUAUCGCGCCGGAAUAGUUCCCGUCGCCUACCGCCGAGUGGGAUGUCGUAAACCGGGAGGGAUCCGGUUCACAAUCCACGGGUUCAGAUACUUCAACUUGGUCUUAGUGACCAACGUGGCGGGUGCAGGAGAUAUCGUGAAGGUGAGCGUGAAAGGCACGCGAACCGGGUGGAUGAGCAUGAGCCGUAACUGGGGUCAAAACUGGCAGUCAAACGCCGUUUUAGUGGGUCAGGCCUUGUCUUUUAGAGUCACCGGCAGUGACAGACGGACCUCCACCUCCAUCAACGUCGCACCCUCUGAUUGGCAGUUCGGCCAAACCUUCACCGGCAAGAAUUUUAGGGUUUGAAUCACAACCAAAGAGGAUUCAGAUUAUGACGUGGCCUCCUCAAGUUUUUGACUAUCAAAGUAAAUAUUUUAGGGCUGACGUGGCUGAACAAAAGUGUGGCCCACAGUCCUACAUUAUUAUUAUUAUUAUUAUUAUCAAUAUUAUAAUUUUCUAAUAUAAUGUUUUUAUUUUUAUUAC